AUGAUCCGUAGGCGUAGAGUCAUUUUUAUGUCACUUGCAGUUGCCUUUGCCACAUUCUUGUACACAUGUGGGAACAAUAACUUCAUUUAUUUUGAGUCUUUGCAAAGAAAUAAACAAUGUGCAUGCAGUUUCUGCACGAGUAAUGAGGAUGAUGACCCCUGGUUCACUCAGCGAUACAAGCAAUUCAUUGAACCACUGCUGACCAGGAGCAAUAGUGCACUCAGCAAAGAGGUUUAUAGUUGGUGGCAGAGCCUGCAGUUUGCAUCACACAGAGCCAACUACACAGCAGUGAUUGAGAAACUAUUCAAAAUCUUUCCAGACAAUCCACAAGUCAUGGACACAGAGCCUGAUCUUUGUAGGACCUGUGCUGUUGUGGGGAAUUCAGGAAAUCUCCUGGGAUCUCACUAUGGAAAGCUCAUAGACAUUCAUGAUUUUGUCUUCAGAAUGAAUAAGGGGCCGACUAAGGGCUUUGAGACAGACGUGGGGACCAAAACUACUCAUCGUGUCAUCUAUCCUGAGAGUGCAGUGGAUGUGGAUAACUCCACUCAUUUAGUGCUGGCUCCCUUUAAGACUUUAGAUCUUCAGUGGCUCAUCAGUGCCUUUACCACUAAAGACAUCAAACGGACAUACAAAAAUGUUAGAACCACAAUACAGGCUAAUAAGAACAAGGUGAUGGUGCUCCAUCCUGCUUUUAUGAAAUACGUUUAUGAGUCCUGGCUGCAGAAACAUGGUCGAUAUCCAUCAACUGGCUUCCUCGUUCUGGUGUUGGCUCUGCACGUCUGUGAUGAAGUGAAUGUGUUUGGGUUUGGAGCUGAUAAAAAUGGAAACUGGCAUCAUUAUUUUGAAAAAGUUCGAAAUAACGCUGGCGCACAGGAACAUGGUCGAAAUUUCGAGAAUGAGAUCACAGUACAGCUCUUAACAAAAAUGAAAAUUCAGAUUUUCAGAGGCUGGUGA